CUACGAAGAAGCAGCAACAACUUCGAUUUCGUAAAUAAUAUUUUUGUCGUUAUAUAAUCAUAAAUCGAUGUGUAAUGUGUUUACAGAAAAUAUAGACUACGAUCGAUUUUUUAAUGGGAACAAAAAAAAAAUCAAUCAAUCGAUGGUCGAAUAUAAAUCAGUGAUCGUUGAAAUAAGUUUGGUCGUGCAUACACAGUAACAUAUACAAUUGAACAUAGUAGAUUGUAAGUACAUAAUUUUUUGCAAAUCUUCCGCAAAUGGUAUUUGUUUUUUUAAUUAGUAUAAGCAAGCAAUCGAGGAAUUUAAAAAUAAGAUAAUAGCUAAAGAAGCUAACCCCUCCAGUCAAAAGCAGGUUUCCAUUGGUUAAAGCAUUCAUUCGUGCUACGGAAGCCAGUCGAGAGGCAUAUUUCAUGUGAACUCUUUCGUGCUGACAGCAGAACAACACAACACGAACGUUCAAACGUUUGACGCACGUGACCGAAAUGGAAACGUCUCGUAACAUGCAAGCAGAGUCCUGGCCUCGAGUAAUGUCUAAAGUGAAUAUAAAAGGCAAAAGAUCACAUCCUAAAGGAGAGACUAAGGGUCCAGGAAUGUCUGGUCUGACACACGAAUGUGGAGUCUUUGGAUGCAUAGCUGCCGGUGAUUGGCCAUCUCAAAUCGAUGUUGGUCAAGUUAUUUGUUUAGGUUUGGUUGCCCUACAGCAUAGGGGUCAAGAAAGUGCUGGUAUUGUCACCAGCGAGGGUGUUUGCUCGAAAUCCUUUCAUGUUCACAAGGGUAUGGGAAUGAUUAAUAACAUUUUUAACGAUGAAAAUAUGAAGAAACUUCGUGGAAAUCUUGGAAUUGGUCAUACUAGAUAUAGCACAAGCGCGGCAAGCGAAGAAGUUAAUUGCCAACCAUUUGUUGUUCACACUGCGCAUGGAGCAUUAGCAGUUGCUCAUAACGGAGAACUCGUGAAUACAGAAUCGCUAAGAAAGAUGGUAUUGGGUCGAGGGGUUGGCCUGUCGACAUUCUCGGACUCGGAAUUAAUAACGCAAGCUCUGUGUUUGAACCCUCCUGAAGGUGAAGUUAACGGUCCGGAUUGGCCUGCGCGUAUAAAGCAUCUCAUGCAAUUAGCACCGUUAUCGUAUUCGUUAGUAAUUAUGCAAAGGGAUAAGAUAUACGGUGUUAGAGAUCCUUAUGGAAAUCGUCCGUUAUGCCUUGGAAAAAUUGUACCAAUAGGUAACCUAGCAGGAAAUGAAUCGGAUGAUGACGACGAUGCCGAUGGUUGGGUUAUUUCGUCUGAAUCGUGUGGCUUUUUAAGUAUCGGAGCACGAUAUGUACGCGAGGUAUUUCCUGGAGAAAUUGUAGAAUUGACGCGUGAGGGUAUUAAGACUAUAGAUAUCGUUGAUAGACCAGAUAAAAAGCCACAAGCCUUUUGUAUCUUUGAAUAUGUUUAUUUUGCACGCAGCGACAGUAUUUUUGAAGGACAAAUGGUUUAUUCUGUUCGCAUGCAAUGUGGACGAGAGCUUGCUUUAGAAUGUCCAGUGGAAGCAGAUAUAGUUAGUUCUGUACCUGAAUCUGGAACAGCAGCAGCGCAUGGCUAUGCUAGACAGUCUCAAAUACCUUUCGCGGAAGUAUUGUGCAAGAAUAGAUAUGUUGGUAGAACAUUCAUCCAACCUAGUACGCGACUUAGACAACUCGGCGUAGCAAAAAAGUUUGGAGCUCUAUCGGAAAACGUGAAAGGAAGAAAGUUAAUUCUUAUCGAUGAUUCGAUUGUUAGAGGAAACACUAUCGGACCAAUUAUCAAGUUACUUCGUGAUGCAGGAGCAAAGGAAGUUCAUAUUAGAAUAGCUUCACCUCCGUUAAAAUAUCCAUGCUAUAUGGGUAUUAAUAUACCGACAAGGGAGGAACUAAUCGCAAAUAAAUUAGAUAAUGUAAAACUAGCAAAACAUGUUGGAGCUGACAGUUUAACGUACCUUUCAGUGGAUGGACUUGUUAAGGCUGUAAGGUUUGGUAUGGAUAAUCGAGAAAGCAGUUACAUUGGUCACUGUACUGCUUGUUUGACCGGAGACUAUCCCGACGAACUUCCCGGUGAUUUGGAUUGGUGAAAAAAUGAACCGUACAUAUAAAUCUAUAGACAGUGGACCAUACAUUAUUAAACCAUGUAUUAUCA